ACUGCCGGAGAUUAACGAGUUUGGUUCACCGUUCACAAGCUAAAAAAGCAGUUUAUCCCAUCGUUAACGAGUCAAGUACGAAGGAGUUACGGCUUUACCCAACCCCGCCGAGCAGGGAAGUGGAGGUACCAGUGUUGCAGGAUCAGGAUCACUCUUUUGCUACCCAUCCAUAACUCAUUCACUCCGACAAUCCCUAUCUUCUUUUUCCAGCGAUGCCGGAGCGAGACGACAAAGGUUGGGACUUCUACCUCCGAACGCUCUCCAACAGCUCCAGAGACUCCAACACUGCCAACGACCCCGCUUCCGAUCCCUCUCUUCUUCAUUCCGUGAAGAAGCUUUACGAAAUUUGCAAGUCUAAGAAUUCGGAGGACUUGGUAGCUAGGGUUUAUCCGCAUGUUAACAAGAUCUUCCAUCGAGCCGUCGCUUCCCGUUCUCAAUCUCGAACCUCCAACGGCCUUCUCUUAUUGGCAAUUCUUCAGUUUUUUCUAGACUUUGGAGAGGUUGUUCUUCAUGAUGCUGAUCCUAGUCUUAGGACAUUUUUUCGUUCGUGUUUGAGCAGGGAGUUUGCUGAUCCGGUUGUGGCAGAAGCAACAGUCGAGUUUAUAGUUUCCAACAAGAAGAAGCUUCUAAGUUCUUUCCCUAACUUAUUGCCUCAGUUUUUUCCUUUGUUGUUAAAACUGAUCGCUUGGAAUGGUGAAAGAUUAGAGAAACAAUUUUUGAAAGCUUUCCCUGGAUUGAUGUCACCUGGAUCAUUUAUUCCGUUAUUCCCAUAUUUAAUAGACUUGCCGAUUUUGGUAGUGGCAUUGGAGAGGGUGGAAAAAAGCUCAGGACCACUUAUUGGAAAUAGCAUAGCUUCGAUUCAGCAGAAUACUGCUCCUAAGAUGCUACUUGCCCUUAUGGAUGAAGCCUACACUGGUUCAACAAUAGAAGAUGGUGGAGGAGAUUUUGAAUCUGACGAUAACAGUGCAAUUGAUGUAUCUGAUCCUUUGUUCCUCGAGCUUUUAAAGGAUGAAAAUGAUGGUAUCGCUGAACGUCCUUGGUCAUCUCCAGUGAUGGCAACUCUAUUGCAGGCUGCUGCUAAUAGUCCUUACUCUGAUAGGCUGAAAGCAGUACUUAGCAUGGCACCCCAUCUUCUUGAUGUUUACUUCUCUAUAGCAUUGCGUGAUGUCAACGACUCUCUGAUCUGUGCAUUGAUUCCCCUUCUUAUGUCAAGAUUUGCUACCCUAUUUCCAGAUAAAGUAUUUUCUUAUGAGGUCCGAAACCGGCUUUUGGAGUUUAUGCUUUCUACUUUUCAGCAUUCUCCAAACUUCAUUGCUCUUCUAAAGAAACCUAUAAUGGACAGACUUGGAGAAGCUUAUGACAGCCCAGAAAAGACAGAAUUGGCAUUGCAAUUAUGCUGGGCCAUUGGAGAGCAUGGUGGAGGUGGUGAAUCUCACAAAGACGAAGCUCGUGAGCUUUUUGAGAGUUUAGAGCUCCUUUUGUAUGAAAACCUUUCCUCUAGUCGUCUCGGCAUGACGCAGGAGGUGUCCCUUGGUCCUGAUAAGGAUAACUACAGACGGUCAUCACAAUCGAGGCUUCUAUGUUUUGUUAUAACAGCCAUUUCAAAGCUUGCUACACACCAUCGCGAAUUAGCACCAAGAGCACGUGUAUCCUUGGGCAAGGUGGCCCGUUCUCGAAUUUCAGAUGUGAGGGUGUGGAGACGUGCAUGCGAUUUCCUGGCUCUGAUGAAUGAUCCUGCUAUAUGCGCAUCCAUAUUGGGGCCUUCACGGUCUCCAACAGGCAAAGUUGGCAGCAUAAAUUGGAAUCAAGGUGCAACAAAGAUGAUUGCACACGUUCCUUUUUACAUUCUAGGGGAACAAGAAGGGCCACCGUUUAAUGAUUUCUCAUUCUCAGAUAUCCUUCCAGGGAGGCGAUGAAAGCUAUUGCAUACCGUUGGGUCAGUUUGAUCAAUAUUGAUCACGAUCCUCCUAUAAGUAGGCUCAACUCUUCUUUUUUGGCUUCUAAAAUGGACGCCUGAAACUUAGCACCUCUUUUCUCAUCAAAACAUUGGUUUGGCUUUUCCACUGGAAAGUAACACACCAAUGGAAUGUGAUUAUUGCGUUCCUUUUGGUUGUUUUUCAAAAUUUCUCAUUCUUUCAAUCUCCGUUCAAAGUACAAACUACAAGGCCAGCUUGUCUAUUUAUGGGAGGGUUAGAAUAUUUAUUUGAACUUUUCGUUGUAAAAUAACUAUAUUAUCGAAAUGUUCCAGUCAUUAUUUUCACAAACUUGUUAAGGCUCAUUUUUUAAGAAAUGGAGAAGCUCAUGGUGUAACACCAUGAAAUGGAGGCAUAGCAAAAUAUUGCACUGCUAUAGGUCAGAGACAAAACGUAACUUACGUUUUGUAUUUGUUUAUUUUUUUGAAUU